ACUCUCUCUCUCUCUCUCUCUCUCUCACAUCCACACUCAGUCUUUUUCUUUGUUUUCUUUCCGCCUUUCAAGGAAUCAAAAUUGAUUGUACUGAAUUUUGUGAAAUAAUGAGGAUCGUUCGCAAGGAUUUUGUCCCAGAUGGACCAGGCAGCGUAAAGAUGAUACCGGUUGAUUCGGAUGAUUUAUGGUAUGCUUAUAAUUUGAUAGCUCCUGGAGACAGCGUUAUGGCUGUCACUGUCAGGAAAGUUCUUAGAGAAGCGGCUUCUGGUGGACGAGAUGCAGAGCGAGUGAAGCUUAAGUUGGAAAUUAAAGUUGAAGAGGUUGCAGAUUAUGACAAAGUUGGUUCUAUCUUGCGUAUACGUGGGAAGAAUAUCUUGGAGAAUGAAUAUGUAAAGAUAGGGGCAUUCCAUACUUUAGAACUUGAGCUGCAUCGGCCUUUUGUGUUAAGAAAGGAUAUUUGGGACUCAUUUGCACUAAAUGUACUUCAACAGGCCUCUGACCCUGCUGCAAGUGCUGAUCUAGCUGUGGUUUUAAUGCAAGAAGGAUUAGCACAUAUCCUGCUUGUUGGGAAAAGUAUGACAACUACCCGUUCAAGAAUAGAAACUUCAAUUCCUCGCAAGCAUGGACCUGCUAUUGCUGGUUAUGAGUCGGCUUUGAACAAGUUCUUUGAGAAUGUGUUACAGGCUUUCCUGAAGCAUGUGGAUUUCAAUGUUGUUCGAUGUGCUGUUAUUGCUAGCCCAGGUUUCACAAAGGAUCAGUUUCAUCGUCAUUUGUUGUUGGAGGCAGAAAGAAGACAGCUGAGAGCUAUUAUUGAGAACAAGUCGCGCAUAAUUCUUGUGCAUACAACCUCAGGUUACAAGCAUAGUUUGAGAGAGGUCCUAGAUGCCCCAAAUGUGAUGAAUAUGAUCAAAGAUACUAAAGCAGCGCAAGAGGUUCGAGCUCUGGAUGAUUUCUUCAGCAUGCUUUCAAAUGAUCCAGCUCGUGCAUGCUAUGGGCCAAAGCAUGUCGAGGUUGCCCAUGAACGAAUGGCUGUCCAAACACUUCUUAUCACGGAUGAUUUGUUCAGGAAUGCUGAUAUAGCUUCCAGGCAAAAAUAUGUCAAUUUGGUGAACUCGGUUAAAGAUUCAGGUGGUACUGUUCAUAUAUUUUCAUCAAUGCAUGUCUCAGGAGAACAACUAGCGCAAAUAACUGGCAUUGCAGCGAUUCUUCGUUUUCCUCUGCCAGACCUGGAAGAUAUAGAGAUGUGAUGAAAACAUACGUUUGACAAAGCAUCCCUCUUACCAUUUGGCGAUAUAAUGUAUACAUUGAUAGGUUCAGAGCAGACAUAAAACAAGAAAAACUUUUGUCCCC